UGACACUAUGAAACACCAAUUCCCUCAAGCCGUUGAGGAUUUCGCACCAAUUACCGUGGGCCUUGGCCCGCGGGGGCGGGUGUAAUUGUGGCGGUGGAGAGGGUGCGGGUCUGUUGUCGGUGUUGGUGCCCUUUGUUGUAGCGGUGGGCUCGGCGGUUUCGUGUUGUGCUGGAGCUCACUGAGGGACGUGGAUCUUCCUGCUUCUGACACAGUGCGGGGGAAGCGCCGAGCCGAUUGAACGGCCCACGCCUCAUCCAUGAUAAUUCAGCGCUGACCCGUGUGUGUGCAUCCAUCCUGGGCUCCCUGUGGCCGAUGUCCGUCGGCUGAAAUAAGAUAUCCAGCACCUGCAGUCUUUGAUUUGCAGUAAAUUAAAUUUAAAUUGAUUUCCCUUCCCCUCAAAUACUGUUGGCAACCUCCAUAAAGAGAGAGAAUGAGGAACAUGGAUGUAAAAUAUCAUGGAUGAUACAUUGAACAAUGUUCAAGUCAAAACAGUCAACGAUUGCAAUGGCAACAGAGACAGAACAUGCUCAAGCACUGCUGAAAACAUUCAGCACAGCAUCAGUCAUUUCAAGUAUUGGACUAGGAAUCUUCUGCUUCCUCUCUGAUCAGUGUUUACAGCUUUCAUUAAUACAGAGCAACGAUUGGCUUAGGGCUCUUUCAGACAACACUGUGCAUGGUGUCAUCGGACUGUGGUCUUGGGCUAUUGUCAUUGGAUUGAGAAAGAAGAGUGAUUUUUAUGAGGUAAUUUUAGCUGGCCUUCUGUCUUCUGUCAUUGACGCUGACCACUUUGUGGCAGCUGGAUCCUUAUCUUUGAAGGCUGCAUUGCAUCUCCCACAGAGGCCUCCACUACAUUGUUCCACAGUCAUACCUGUGGCGGCCUUUUCAGUGAAACUUGCCAUGUGGAUAUUGAGACUUAAAGAUUCUUGGUGCUUCCUUCCAUGGAUGGUUAGCAUUUCUUGGGUCUCCCAUCAUGUCCGUGAUGGCGUCCGCCACGGUCUUUGGUUCUGUCCCUUUGGAAGUACAGCUGCUGUGCCAUAUUGGACCUACAUAGCAAUUACAUCCUCGUUCCCACACCUUUGCUCUGUUCUAAUGUACAUGACUGGUACUAAAGAAACAAUGUCCAUGUCCCAUGGAAUUGCAAUUGAUGUAUAACACUGUGAUGUUUUUUUUAAAGGUACAGCACCCUGCACUGAACUGUGUUAAUAUGGAAAUUCUAACUAGUAGUAUACUUUUUGUGGGACUUUGUGUAAUAGGGGAUCAUGGCAUUAUGCAAUCCAUUCAAAAUCAUCAUUACAUUCCAUUCACUGAAGCUGCUUAAUGUUUGUGUAUUUAGGAAAGUAGCUGUAAUACUUUAAACUUGUAAACAUGAUCAAAUCUUCACAACACAACUGGCUUUCAAAUGAUCAAGUGAAUGUACUGUGAUUGGUAUUUAUUUAUACAAGGAUGUUAGUUUGUUGAAAAUAGAUGCUAUGGUGUGAAAGCACUGGAUUAUCUAUAGUUGUGACUAUAAUUUAUGACACUUAAUAUUUUGUAAACAGUGAGUAAUUUUGUUUAUAGUGAUCUGAAAUACAGGUGUCCCCCGUUUUUUGAACAUUCACUUUACG